AUGACUAUUGCUGCAUAUGCGUAUGAAACAAAUGAAGCAAGAAGAGCACAUGAACUAGUAAACGAAAACUCAACUUUAACCAUUGAAGGCAAUGAUUUAGUCAUUGACGAUGGAAAAACUAAAAAAGUCAUUGAUUUCGAUACUUUUAACACUUAUGACCCAUUCAUUACAACAAGCAAGGUUCCCAUCAUAAAUGAUGGAACGGUGCAAUAUAUAAAUUCUACAGUAGAUGCCUCAUUAGUGAAAGUAUUAAAUGUUCUCAUUGAAUUGUUAAAGAGCUUUCGAUUUGACGACAACAUUAAAUGCCUAAAGAAUUUAGUCAUGAAUGAGAAACAAAUUCUCGGCGUUGCUGGUAGCAGUAAUGAUGUACACCUUAUGACAUUAGAAUAUUAUAACGAACAUAAAGAUGAACUGAAAGGAGAGAAGGGUGACACCGGACCACAAGGAC